GAUAACACUUGAAGGAUAUAAUGGCGAAUUGAAGUCAGGAAAAUCCAUUUCACAGGAACAAUUGAUUCCACGGGAGUAAUGGUAUUACGAUAUUUGGAAAGUGUCAAUAGUUGUUUGGGAUAAUGUGAAAUACAUAUUUGCUAGUUUCUGAUGCUAUUUUAUGGUAAAUACAUUAACGAAGAAUUAGCAUUUUGACAAUGUGUUAGGUUUUUUUUUGACAAAUUCGUACCUGCUGUUAUAUGAUGCACCAUGUACAAUUAAAACAAAUACUGCUUGUGUGAACAUAUUUAACUUUAAUCUGUUAUUCUUUAACUUUAAAGAAGCGUAUCUACUCAACAGAAAUAUUCACAUAAAUGAAGAUACAUUGUGUUGACGCACUCAAUGAAAAUAGCAUCAUUAAUCACAAGAAGAUGUUGCAUCAAACGUUCACACUGGCUUUUGGUAACUGUUCUCUGCUAAAUGACUGAAGAAAGUUCGAAAGAAAGUGUUGUGGUGUAUCAUGCGUUAGGAAGCACGGAAAUACGGGCUGUGUAAAUUAUAAUGGAAAAAUAAUAAAACGCUCAUGUAAUUCGAAUAAGAGACAACAACAGUAAUGAACAGAACGUUGAUGUUUGGGACAGCAAUUAUGAAAUGAGGGUUGCUGUAUUAUACUAGCACUUUUUAAACCCUCGAAUAUGAAUUUUGAUUGUGAGAUUACUAUUCUUUUAGAAAACAUUCAAAUCAAGGUGAUAAGGAAGGUGAAAAUUUAGGUGAUAUUUUUGUUUCCUGAACAUUUCGUGAACGCACAAAUCAAAAGUUAAUGAAAUCAACGCGUUGAGAAACAAUUCAUCAAACCGAAAAUUGCAAUGAAUUAGGCAACUGACUUUAUCCGACACUAAAAAUAGCAGGACCAUGUGUCUGAAGUUCUAAUCUGGUUACAAAGAAGUUAGAGUAUUGGAUUAAUAUUAAUUUUAAUAAGUUAAAUUAAAAAACAUCAUUUAAGUUGACAGGGUUCCAUACAACAACCCAUUCGCGAUGAAGGCGGGCAAUGUGGUACAAAAUUUCUCGCUGUCCUUGUGUUCUCGGCUGUGUGAUGUAACGUGCCCCGUGUCUUUGGCAGGGGACGCAGUGGUGGGCACUCUACACUUGGACGUUCUGCAACAUUUUCCUCUAACAUGUAUAGCGAUCACGGUGAAAGGGCGUGGCUAUGUGCACUGGACGGACCAGCAGCUGCGAGGCCCGGGUCAGCCGCGGUUCAAGGACACACACCACCAUACCGCCAGCGAGGACUACUUCGAACGCACCCUCGUGCUGUGUGGGGACACGGCUAAUAUCGGCACAGAGGAGCGCUGUGUGUUGCCGGCCGGCCGCUACUCCUACCCAUUCCAGUGUCAACUUCCGGCUCGUCUUCCUUGCUCCUUCGAGGGCGAAUAUGGCAAUGUCCGGUACUGGGUGAAGGCGACAAUAGAAAAAGGGAGGAAAAUCCUGCACAAGACGAAAGUCCCCUUUAACGUAUUGUCGCCCCUUGAUUUAAACGUUGUUCCGGAUUCCAAUGUGCACGUCCAAGAGUCCACCGAGAAAUCCCUAUGUUGCUGGUGUUGUCUCUCUGGAGAAAUCAGUGUCUCGCUCUCCAUUCCAAAACGAGGUUUCGUACCGGGCGAACCAAUCAGAUUUCAGGCCGACAUUUCAAAUUUUUCAUCUCGUCGAAUGAACUGCUGUUCGGUAGAACUCAAAAUGACGACGUUGUUCCGGACGGACCUGGAUUGUCGCAGCACCACUCAGCAGGUCUGCAAGGUGAAGCGGAAGCAGAAGAUUGGGCGGGGUGAGGAGGUCACGUGGUUCUGCGAGGACCUCGUGGUCCCGCCCCUACCGCCCAGCUGUCUGAUUGGUUGCAGCAUCAUCAGCAUUAAGUACACAUUGGAGCUUCGUGUUGAUCCAGUGGGCCCAGCCUUUGACGUGAGUCUUCCCAUCGAGGUCAUCAUCGGGACAAUCCCUCACAAAAUCCACCGCAUUGAGCCCCACUACGCUAACGCUGCUGUACAGAAGGCGGGACCUUUAAACGGCAGCGCGCAUGCACACAGACCGCAAGCUCAAGUUUCGCCCCUUGCACAGGUUCAGCCAAUAGGGGUCCCUGUACUACCAUCGCAGGACGGCCAUAUGGUGUUGUUAAAUCAGACCUUGGCGCAACGGUCUCAAUCAGGGGCAUCGGGGUCGGAUAGGGGCUCCGAUAGGGGUCAGGGUCAAAAUAGACCCCCGUCCCGGGCCUCGAAUGCCCCGUCCACCACGUCAUCGACGUCCGUCCAAUCAAAACGAAUAUCUGUGAUUUUUGUCGAGUCCAUAAGCAAAGGCUUUCGACGACCCGUUACGGAUGAACAUGACAGCCGCGAUGUGAAGUAUGCGCCUGUGUAUCCGUACUACAAAUGGAGAUAGUGUACAGCGGAUUGCGUAAAACUGGGGAAUGACAUUCAACACACUUCUGUAGUUUCUGAGAAGGGCACCGGUUCUUUGUGUUACAGCAGUGUAUCAUGAAAUGCAACUAGUUGGGUGUCUUGUAUGUUACGGUCAUCGAUGGUAAUUGAUGUGUACGAUAAGUAUAGUAUUGUUUAUGCAUAACAUUUAUCUUGUUCAAAUGCUAUACUUUUGAAUCUCUGUACAAUCGACUAUUAAAAUCUCAGAUCUA